UUAAAACUUCUAAAAUUAGAAAUAUUCCAUGAAUUACACUCAUCAUAUUUCUCUUAUAAAUUUACCAACUCUUAAACAUACUCCACACAAAUUUUCUAGCAACCUAUUGACUUAGGGAUCGAUUUGAUCAACAAAAACAUGGGAAAAACAUCAGUCCUUUUAGUGGGAUUUCUUUUCAGUUUCUUGGUCGCCACGGUACAAGCAGGAGAUAAGUACAAGAAAUACAAUGACCCCAGUCUGCCGAUCAACAAGCGGAUUCGGGACCUCAUGCGACGGAUGAGUCUCGAUGAAAAGAUUGGUCAGAUGGUGCAAAUUGAUCGUAAAGUAGCCACUCCGGAGGUCAUGAGGGACUACAAAAUAGGCAGCAUUUUAAGUGGAGGAGGAAGCGUACCGCAUCUGCAAGCCACCCCACAGGAAUGGCUCAACAUGGUUAAUGGUUUCCAAAAUGGUUCACUCUCAACCAGGCUUGGGAUUCCAAUGAUUUAUGGCAUUGAUGCUGUCCAUGGACAUAACAAUGUCUAUAAGGCCACCAUAUUUCCUCAUAACAUUGGCCUUGGUGCUACAAGGGAUCCUGAGCUUGUAAAGAGGAUUGGGUCUGCAACAGCUCGUGAAGUUAGAGCUACUGGCAUAAACUACGUUUUCGCACCCUGCAUUGCGGUUUGCCGAGACCCGAGAUGGGGUCGAUGUUUUGAGAGCUACAGCGAAGAUCCUGACAUCGUCAAGGAAAUGACAGAAAUCAUUAAUGGAUUGCAAGGGGAAAUUCCAAAGGAUUCGCGUAAGGGUGUUCCUUAUGUUGGUGGAAAGGAUAAGGUGGUGGCAUGUGCCAAGCACUUUGUUGGAGAUGGUGGGACAACAAGGGGCAUCAAUGAAAACAACACAGUGAUCGAUAAGCAUGGAUUGCUUAGCAUUCACAUGCCAGGUUAUAACGCAGCCAUCAUUAAGGGAGUUGGGACAGUUAUGGUUUCUUACUCUAGUUGGAAUGGAGUGAAAAUGCAUGCUAAUCAUGAUCUUGUCACCAAUUUCCUCAAGGGCGCCCUUAGGUUCAGGGGAUUUGUCAUCUCCGAUUGGCAGGCAAUUGAUAGGAUGACAUAUCCUGUGCAUGCCAACUAUACAUAUUCAGUUCUUACUGGUGUUCAAGCAGGUCUUGACAUGAUUAUGGUUCCUUACAAUUAUACUGAGUUUAUUGAUACUUUGACUGGACUUGUGAAGAACAAAUUCAUCCCCAUGAGUCGUAUUGAUGAUGCUGUUAGAAGAAUUUUGAGAGUCAAAUUCCAACUUGGUUUAUUCGAGAACCCCUUAUCUGAUGAAAGCUUUAUUGAUCAGCUAGGACAUCAGGCUCACAGAGAUUUGGCAAGGGAAGCUGUAAGAAAAUCGCUUGUUUUGUUGAAGAAUGGAGAAAAUGCUGAUGAGCCAAUGCUACCUCUUCCCAAGAAGUCAUCCAAGAUCCUGGUUGCCGGCAGCCAUGCUGAUGACUUGGGCAAUCAAUGCGGCGGUUGGACCAUCAACUGGCAAGGCGGUAGCGGAAACAAUUUAACUUCUGGAACCACCAUCCUGAAAGGAAUAGCAGAAGCCGUUGAUCCAAGCACAGAGAUUGUGUAUGAAGAAAACCCAGAAUUUGAUUAUGUCAAAGCCAACAACUUCUCCUACGGUAUUGUCGUUGUUGGUGAGCUUCCAUAUGCUGAAACAAACGGUGAUAAUUUGAACUUGACGAUCCCAUUACAAGGUCAAUAUACUCUUUACAAUGUCUGCGCCAACAUCAAGUGUGUGGUGGUUUUAAUCUCUGGAAGACCACUUGUUAUAAUGCCUCACUUAGAACAAGUUGAUGCACUGGUUGCUGCAUGGCUACCGGGCACAGAAGGCCAAGGUGUGGCUGAUGUUCUAUUUGGAGACUAUGGUUUCAGUGGGAAACUGCCUCGGACUUGGUUCAAGACGGCUGAGCAGCUGCCGAUGAAUGUUGGGGAUUUGAACUACGACCCUUUGUAUCCCUUUGGUUAUGGGCUCACUACUCAACCUCUCAACGCCACAAGUUAGUUUCAGGGAGUCGAGUUGUCUUUUUGUCUUAAUGCUAAGUAGUUUUUUUGGUUCUUUUUGAAGAUUUAGCUGUCUUUUUUAUGGAAUUAUUAGCAAAAUAAUGGUAGCAGUAAUCUUGUGUUAGAGUUUCGUAAAUAGGAUCCAAACUUCUUGAGCUGCCUAUUUGGUGUAAUUUUGUUUGUUGAAAAUAAAAAUGAGGUGCUUUUGAAGAAAAAGAA